CCUCUUUCUUUCCCUUGGCGCUGAGCUGGAAGUCGGCGCGUUGUUUUCCGGGGAAGGGGGAGGCGGAGAAGGGAGACGUGGAAGAAGAGCCAGGUUUUCUGAGCUGGUUCCCAGCUGUUGAGUUUCGACCCCCCCCAAAAAAAAAACUUCAGCGCGUCACAGAGAAAAGACCUCGCCUCAGGGCCCUCGAUUUAAUUUACUGCUUUUUGUUUCUGCUCUGCAAGUUUUCCCCGCAAGGGAAGACUUUCUGCUUCAGGCUUUGCAGGCAUUCACUGUUGAGGUUCAGCUGUACGUCCAUCUGAACAAACAUGGCAGAAGGUGGAUUUGAUCCCUGUGAAUGCAUUUGCUCACAUGAACAUGCCAUGCGGAGGCUGAUCAAUCUGCUACGACAGUCCCAGUCCUACUGCACAGAUACGGAGUGCCUUCAGGAAUUGCCAGGACCAAACCCAUCUGCUGAUAAUGGUAUCAGUGUUACAAUGAUAAUGGUAGGCUGGCUGGUUUUGGCACUUGUCUUAUAUUUGAUGAGACCUGCCAACCUAAGAAGAUCUAUUACAGUGGAAAAGCCAUCCAACCUGCAUAAUGGACAAGAACCACCAGCUCCACCUGUUGACUAGAGCUUACUCGAAAUACUGGACAACUUGCACGACCAAAAGAACGAAAUUGACCAGAAUACUCGCGAACCCAACAAAAUACUGUUUUGUUCCACAUAUUUAAAAUCUGUUUGCUUUUUUUCAUUAUCUUUCCUAGAAGGCUGCAUUUGAAUAAUGGAUCGUAUGUGACAGUAGGCAUUUUGGUGCGAGUUACUGGACCUAAUGUCCUUGCUCACUGCAAUUAUAUCUGAAAGGAAAUUAAAAUCUCUAUAUUUAUGAUCUGAACUUUUUUUUAAAAAAUUAUUUUCCUACAUACUAUAAAAACCAUAAAAACUGGGCACAGUCCACCAGCAGUGUCUCUGUGAUCUUCGUACACCCUUUUUACUGGGGACUCUUACAUAAGCUUCCAGUAACUUGCAACCAUUUUCUGAUCGUCCAUUUAAUUCUGUUUCAUUGAUGCAUUUUUUAUUCAUUCUGUAUUUGCUGAACAGAAUUAUUCUGGCACAUAAAAGUUCAUCUUCUGUUUAUUAAUAUUACAGUGCAUCCUUCUCUAAUACAAUGCAAAAUCAAAUUAUUGCAAUGUUAGUAAACUGAAGUCUGAAUAAUGUGUGCCACAUUCUAAAGCAGGAAAACUGAUAAAUAAAAACAGGUGUCUUAUCACUUUCUCUGUAAUAGAUAAAAUUCAGUUCAGAGCCACCAUUUCUAGUCAUUUUCUGCAGAUGUGGGGUUACAGUGUAUUUUCACAUUGGCAGAGGGGCAGGAGUAUGGUAUGUAAAAGGGAGUGCGCUUGUGAGAUUCCCUUUUCCCAUAGUGUUUAGAAGUAGCAAGCACCAUCUGUGUGCAAUGGACUAUGCCUAGAACUCCAGAUAAGAACACAUUGAUACAAUUUAUUAAAACAUGGGAAAGAUCACAUAUGGCAGACACAUUCCUUUUUGAAACCAGUGCAAGAAGAUUCACCCUACACACUUACCUGUUGACCUUUAAUGCCAAUGUUUCACAUGAGUAGCUGACUUUCUUAUGGCUCAAUCCUGCUACACUGUCAAAUGCUUUGAAUAAAAUUUAUCAAUUAGUGGUUCAGGGCAGUAUUCUGUAAGCUGUGAGGUUCUAUGACCACUGCUAGAACCAUAAGGCCAUUGUGAGUCUUUAAAGUUAAGUUUAAUCCUAAACUUCCUUAGAGACAGCUGUUAUUAAGAUCAGUGGGGUUUAUUUCUUUUCAUUUCUCAAGAAGUAUUUGCGUGAUUUUGUAACACUUAUGUCUAUGUAAUAACAGCAUUCAAUUAUUUAUUUUUUGGUUUCUAACAUCUUCACUUUUUUAUUUUUGGGUUGCACCUUUAGAGCAAAAGUCCAGCUGCAAUGUUUCUGGAUGGCAACCAGCAGCUGGUAAUAUACAGUUGUAAUGAUCCACAAAAAAUAGAAAAUGCAAUUUGCAUAUAUUAUAAAUUAUUAUAGUGGCUGAUUGCAUUAUAAAAUCAUGUUCUCACCUUGACUAUAUUCACAGGUUUUCCUUCUAACAUAUGAAAUAUGUUAGGGUCACUUAUAAGAUGAUGGAUUACAUAAAAGGAAUGAGUUACAGAGAGGAAAUGUUUCACAUUUUAGAUUUUCAUGCCAAUAAAAUAAUGAAUGGUAUUUCCAGCAACUAUAGAGUAAGGCAGUGGCACUGCAUAUUACAGAAAAUGAAGAGGUAGAUUGAGGUGACAAAUUCUGAGCUAUACCAUUUGUGAUUGCAGGAUGUAGUGGGUAUUACAUUUCUGAAUGUGCUUCCAUGUAAAAUGUCUCCUGCUAAUAAAUUAGCACAUCAGAGUUGACUGUGCUAAUUUAUCACAUAAACUGCAGUCCUUGCUUUGCUUGUAGAGAAUCCAGUAUAUGAUCCUUCCUUUUUUAAUCUCCAGUGGCAUAAUCCAGAACUCUGCAACAUAAUGGACUUUAAGAAUGGAAAUAACUCGUAUCCCCCCCCCCAAAAAAAACUGAGUUUCUUCCCAAGAGGACUGUAGCAAACUAUCAAAAUUAUACCCUGUCUCCCCGAAAAUAAGACAGGGUCUUAUAUUAAUUUUUGCUCCCCCCCCAAAAAAAAACCCCGCAUUAUGGCUUAUUUUCAGGGGAUGUUAAUCUCAGAAUAAAAAUCUUAAACAAGAAUAUUCUCAGCAUGUUUUGGGAGAUGCCGUGACAGUUAAACUAGUUCCAAUGAGUUGGGUGCAAAGCUAAGUGGUCUACUACAGGUCAAGAGGCUAUGUGGUAGACUGUGGGGUUGAUAGGACACCCUCCCCCCAUCAGAUACAAAUUACACUGGUGGGAAUUCUGCUAGGGAAGGUAGGUCUGUCUAAUGGGGGAGGUUUCAUGCAGCCCUGUCCUACCAUAGCCUGCUGCAUUUAGGAGGUUCCACCAGUUCUCAGUAGAGCAUUCUCAGGGGGCAUAGGGAGGAAAAGGCACAGAAGUCAGAUUUAACCAGCCCUGUUACACAGACAAUGCUUUAUUCUUGAUCCAGUUCAUUAUGAUUCACAUAUAUACCACAAAAUAAAUAUAUUCUAACAAGGUUCUCAAACUAUCUGUGAACUUUUCACUUCUGAGUGUAUGGUAGAGGAAAGUGUAACAAAUUCGCACAACUCCUUCACAGUUCAAUUAAGACAGCUUAAAUCAAUAUAUUUACAUUCAUUUUUCCCCAGAGCUGCCAUAUAGAUCCAUCCAGUCCUAACAUUUGCCCACAGUACGCACUAGGACAGUGUUCUUCACAUUUUUUAGCUCAACAAAACACGUUCCACGUUGAUUCAACUGCUGUGGAACUGCAUUCAGAGUUUGGAUAAGGGAUUUUGGGAGAUGUACUCCCCCCAAAAAGUAAUUUUUCUAACCUCUUGACUGUUAGGAUUUUGAGAAGGGAUCGAAGGUGUAUAUAUGAUUUGUGUAGGAUGCUGUUUGAAUCUGCUGAGUGUCAUUGUUGCUCUGUAUGCACUAGCCUUUUAGAGCACAUUCUCCGUAAAGUGUGAGGGAAGAUUAAUAGUAAUAAUAGAUAAAUACAAUGGAAUGUGGGCAGACUUUCAAGUAAGUUUAUUCUUCAUCAUUGGUCUUACGAACUCAAACAUGCUUCCAAGGAAUCCCAACUUGCCAAAUAGUUGAAAAACCUACUAUUUUUAAUAUAUAAAUGAAGGAGACAACAGGUCUGAUCAAGAUAAAGAAUGUCUACUAAUAUCUAGUGUAUGUUUUGAGGUCGGUAAAUUAUCCAAUAAGAUGACCACAUUCCAUUUUCCUCUUGCUCCACUUAAUAUGUACAUGAAGGGCUCUGUAUAUAGUUGGGAGACACUGCACAAUGAACCCUGUAUUACAAUAAAUUUUGUUUAGUGUUAAACUUCUUUAGGUUUAAAAGUUCUGAGCUCAGCCAGUAAGAUGCAGAAGUUAGAGCUACUUGACAAUAGAAAAAAGCCAGUUUACAAUUUAUACAUUUGCUUGUAACAUUUAGAAUUAUGUUUUCUGCUUUAAAUGAACAAACCAGACACGAUGUGAAAGGUCUAUGGUCAGGACUUCUUCCACUUUUUAAAAAAAGUUAUAAUAACUUGUGAGGAUGGCAUUAGAUUAGAGCUACAAUGUGGUGAGUGUCUUUCUACAGUAGUUGUUGCUUGGAAUGUAUCAAAGUAGUCACUAUGCUACUUUGUUUCCCAAAAGUAGCUGUAUUUUGAAAGCAAAUGUAUCUGUUUAAAGUAAUGCUAUAAUAAGCCAUGGCCUGUGAUACUAAACACAUCUGUGCAGUUAAACUGUAUUCCUGUAACUAUAAAAGUAAGUUACACUCAAUGUAACUACAACAGUUACCAAACCGUUACCACAAAAGGAGGAAAGGUAUCUAUUUCCUUAGUAUAAUUUAGCCCAUUUAUGCCUCAAUUAUUGCUAAAAAGGAACUAAUUACAAGCAGUGUCUUAUUUUUAACAAGUACCUUCCAAGUUCUGCUGUAACCUGAUACUGCCUGUUCCUUUUUCUUAAAUUAAACCACUUCCCUCCUGCUAAGUAGUUUUGAGGGAGAUUUUAAUUUAUGGAAAAUCCUAUGGUGAAAGAGGAUUGCAAAAUUUUUCCAGCCCUAAUCAGAUCGUACCUAACUGCUUCUGUUAACUGUCCAGAAAACAUGGGAAUUCCUGAUUAAUUUUCUCUAUCACAUUUCCAUAUAUGUCAUAUAUGUCUAGGUGCCAAAAUGAAACUUUGCAUCUGUUUAUAAAGUAUUAGUAUAUCACUUUGCCUUAUUUUAGAAGGAUAAUUUUCUGGGGCAAAAAAGAUGCGUAAUAUGAUGUGUAAAUUGGUGGUUUAAAUCAUCCGAAUCAUGCCAAACAAAAAUCAUAUUUGUGCCAUUUAGGAUUUCCUGUUAAUAUUUUGCUAAGAUUUGGUAGGGGAUAAAGGGCUUGUACUAUGCACUUUUUAUUGAUCUAAAUAAAAAGUAACCGUUAGUAA